UGGCUAUUGACCUAGACGGACGCGUCACUCCGUGCUCCACCAAGGUGGCCUGCGUCCUUGGCACACGCUUUCAACUGUGUACAACACUCUGAUGAUGGCUUCCUGGGAGUGGAUGAAGCCAGCAGACAAGUGGACGAUGAUGUGGAUGUGGGCGUUCAUUAUCCUAAUUGUGGGAGCUCAGAGGAUCAAGAUACCCAUCGGUCUUAAGACUCACUGUGUAUCUGAGGUGGACCCAGUGGUCUUAACUCAGAACAUCUAUACCCUCGUCUCCGAGAUCAUGUGUGCUGCCCUCUGCAACCAGAAGGCAGCCCUCCAGUACACCUUCAAUAAUGUGGAUUCAUCGUGCACGCUUGAUGGUGAAGGUCUGGGCAUUAAAUCUACCCCCAACAAGUUUAAGCGUUCUGUCACCCCAGACAUGCUGGAAGAGAUCACUACUGGCAAAAUAACUUACUCCAGUCCUUAUGCAGCUACAGAUGAUUCAGGAAAGGCCACAGACCGGAAUGAUACCACUAUGUACCAUUCAAAGCCAGGUUGGGUGUUUCCCUGGUGGAUGGUGGAUCUCGGACGCAACCGUGAUAUUCAUCACGUCAGGAUCCUUCCCCGACCUGGCUACUACAGUUUUAGGUUUCACCACAUUGAGAUUCGUCUGGGCCAAGUUCUUGAGACGUCUGGCAACUUUUCGUCCUACUCGCUGUUCGCCGUGUACAAUGAAUAUUAUAAAUCCGCUAUGAUGCACCUCUCCUGCUACAACAAGGAAGGCGUCAACGCUAGGUACGUCUCCAUUCAGAGAGUUACUCCUGAAGAUGACAUGCUUCACAUUUUGGAAGUACAGGUGUUUGUUUUAAUUGAGUGAGAUCAGUCACUUGUGGCUACGGUGUCGUAAAGUCAAGAGGAAGAGAAGAAACUGAAGCUAAACAAAGUUCUUUUAAUAGAAUGUAAACAACAACAAAAGUAAAUAUAAAUAGAAACAACAACUUCUAGAAAACUGAUACAGUGAAGACUGAGAAUGUUGGAGCAGGUACUGUGAAGUGAAGGACUGCAGAGGUGAGAGCAAUUAAAAUUUCAGUGGAAGUACAAGAUGUCAAGGGAGUUGGGAGUAACUUGAAAAGAAGUAUACAGUAGACCCGAAAGCCAUCCUCACGCCAGCAGGAUUAUUAAAGUUAUAAAAAGUAGAGGAAAGUGAUGUAGCUGACACGACUAAAUGGUCCUUGAUGAUGUGACUGCCAAACUUACACUAAACGUAAUAGUGAGGUGAAUACAAAUGAAUGCAUAUAGUUAGUUAAUAAUGGGUGAUAUUUCUACAUGACAACAAUAAACGUAGAUGAGACUGGAAUUGGGGUGUUAUUAGAAUUUGGGUACAUUACAUUUGAGCCAAUAGCACUUUUUCUUUAUAUAUAACUAGACUCAUGUAUAUAUUUAUCUAUGUCCUAAUUCUUUUCCUUCCUCAUGAUGUGUGUGACUCAAGGUUAUAAUAUGUGAAUUAAGCUUUUAAUAUGUAGUGAUAUGUAACGUAAGCCUUUAAUGCGUCACUCAAAGCUUAUAAUGUACACCACAGUAUUAUUAGGUCCAAAACAACAUUAUAUUGUGUAAAUCAAGCUAAUUAUGUAUUUAUAAAGGCUAAUUGUAUUCUUCAAGCUUAGAUUGUGUUAUUCAAGCUUAUAUGGUGUUCAUAAUGUGUAAUAGCUGAUAACAUGUAAUUUAAGCUUAUUAACGUGUGACUCAGUCUUGAAUUAUAACAAGCUUAUAAUAUAUAAUCUGGGCUUAUCUGCAA